CUUCAGUCACGGCAGGACGCAAAUUCAUCUUUUUCCGCAAUGACAGGUGGGAAAUGGUCGUUCUUCAAAAGAUUUCUGAUCCUUCUAAUGGUCGCCGUCUUCGGACUCUUUCUCUGCCAGGAAGAACUGCCUAGAGUUCCGCAGUUGUCCUACUGGAAAAGUGCUCUAGAUUAUGGUAGAGGCUUUCUGUUCAGUGAGCAGAAACCGUUGCCUUGGUGGGAAGGAGGCGACUGCCGUUGCAAUGGUAACUCCUGCUUUCCUGAGGAGGCCCCCCGCCUCUCUUGGGAAGACGGGGGCGGCGCCUGCGGUCGGAGGGCGUGGCUGGCAGGUGGAGGGCAGAAGGUGAUCAGUUUCGCGCUGUUUGGGAAUAAGCCACAGUACUGGAAAGCGUUUCGGAAGAACCUCAACGCGACAAGAGCCAUAUACCCUGGAUGGGUCGUGUGGCUCUUCACCAAUCCUCGUGGCCGGGAAAAUGUCCUCUGUCCACUCCUGCGUGAUUUUCCUCAUUUCUACAUCUGUGACGUCACCAACUUGCCUUCGCUGGGAGAUGUGACUAAAAUACACAACAUGAUUUGGAGAACGCUGCCCCUUGGUGACGAAAGGGUCUCGGCUUUUUUUGUCCGAGACUCCGACUCGCUUCUCCUGGAACGAGGGGCUGCAGCAGUGAGGGAAUGGAUGUCGGGAAACAAAAGCUUCCACUUGCUGAGAGACCAUCCGUACCAUGGAAUUCCUGUAAUGGGGGGGCUGUGGGGCGCCCGCUGGGACCUCAAGAAGCAUAACGUUUCCGAAUUCAGGAAUAAGCUGACUGGUAUCAGAAGCGCAUUGAUAAAAGGAGCCAAGGGAAAGUUCAAGAAGGGUGUUGAUCAACGUAUCUUAUCGAAAGUGUUGUACCCGAAGACGAAAGGCGAUGUCAUGUCCCACGAUAGUUUCUUCUGCAAGAGAUUCCCAGAUGGUUUCAGACCUUUCCCGGUAGAGCGUGAGAAAGGCCAUUACUUAGGGAAUUACAUGGGUGUCAGAGAGAACGACAGACUCUUUGUUAAAACGCCCUGCCCAGUGGCCUGUCGUCCCAAGAAUCAUCCGGAUUGGACCUACUGCUGAACUGAAUAUCCAACAGUGAUAACCCGUUGCACUCUUUGUGAUGGAUUUCGUAUUAUCACAAUCUCUGCAUUGAUAUUGCUUCAUGUUUUAUCACUAUGGGGAAUCUCUACUUUAGAGAAAGAAGGUCUGAUGAUAUAUUUUUCUCUUGAUCGUACAAGUAGAGAAAGAGCGAAGGGCAGUUCUGGCGCCCUUUGCUCUGUAAUUUAUUGGUUAGAUUUACAAGACUUUAAUCGAGUCCAUUAUUGUAUGAGAAUUUCAAAGAAGCUUACUUCAAGGUAUUGUAAGCAGAACAAAUGUGACAAUUGCCUCGAUAUACCUUUUACAUGCAACUUUUAUACACAUACGUAACUAACUAUAUGCACAUAUAAGUACAUGCAAAAAUAUAAGUAAAAUGGGUGGUCUUUACACACAUAUUUCACGUAGUCUCAGAUAGGGAUUUAUAUUUUUAUUGAUUACUAAAAGUAUCGUCUAUUUGUCGAUAUAGAAGUUGUAUAAAAAAAAUAUAUAGAAUGUUUCCGUGCCUUUUAAGCAUUGCAUCUAAUACAAAUUCAUUCAAUAUUGGUAAUAGUUGAAGUAAUUAAUGACGGCCGCUGAAGUCCGAGUCGCGCAUGGUGUUGUCUUCGGUGUAAUGAAAAUUUUCAUUAUCAUUAUGCAUCUCACUGAUAUAACCUUACAACUUGAAAAAUGAUGAGUGUUGGAGAGUAAAUAUGGUUUAAAUAAUCUUUCGUUGUGUUCUUGUAUUAAGUUCAUCGUGCCUUUUGAUUUUUUUUUUUUUUUUAUGUUCAUAGAAGGUAUGUAAAAGUAAGGUAAAAUUAUAUCGGAUAUAUGAAAAUUAACAUGAUCAAUUUUCAUCCAUUCAGGAUAUAGAAAUGAAAUUGUUAAUUGCAUUUAUACAGUGUUUAUCAUUAAAAUUACUAAUUUUCAUUCAUGUAAAUGCAAUAUAAGAAUAAUAAUGACAACUAUAAUAAUUCUAUAAUUACAGUCCGUAAUAACGAGUGUGAAAAUUGAUUAUGAUUAUAGUAACACCAAUAUUGUUUCUUAGGUUGGUUUAUUCAAUUUUAUUAUUUUUAUCCCCAGCAGUGUUCUAGUAAGUUCCGUCUCUUUUGUCAACGCCCCACUAACCCCGUUUCUCACAUGCUCCUGCCACUGGUUAUUCUUCUUUCUGUGCCGUAUCAGAGCCUGACGUUGGCAACCAUGUUUAAUUUCAUGGUUGUACAAGGGAGUAUACGAAAGUGGUUUCCCGUUGCCUUCCUUCGGGUGAUUGAAGAGUUCACCAUCUCUUUUACCAGCCAAUGGUUAUUACCCUCACCUUCGGACUUUCCUCUUUGUCCGCAGUCUUCCCGCUAAUAUACAACACCCUGGAAAACAACGUGGUGGGCUCCCCUCAUGGGCAUAUCCUGAGCGAGGCUCUGUUUCGCAAAUCAGCCAAAAAAUAAACAACUUAAUGUGUACUCUUGGUCACUUUUUCCAUCAAAACAGAUACAAGUCAAUUACUAAUUCUAAUGUUUAUAUUCCUCUACCUUCUUCACUUCUAUAUUUUUCCGAUAUUGUUAUAUAACCUUUGAUCUCUAUCCUUAAUUAUAAUGAUGAAUAUGGAGGUAUUAACACUACCAACAUGAGCAAUGUAAUGAUAGCUAUAACGAAUAAUAAUGAUAAUAAACAAGAACAGUAUUUAUCAUAGCACCGUGUUACUGUAUUAAUGAUUAUAUCAUGAUGGCAAAAAAAAUAUAUAUUAAUAGUUCUAAUACUGAUUAUCUGUCCACGAUGAUUAUUAUAACAGGAAUAAGGAUAAUAAUGCAAAUGCAGAAUAAUUACCAUUAAUUAUGAUUAUGCUUAUAAUAUCUAUGAGAAUGAUAAUAAUAUUUAUUCUAUUUCAUAAAUAUACCUCUCCAUUACUUGUCAUUCAGUUCACUCUCUUUUCUUUCCUCUGUAACUCGUAGGAAAAAAAAUAUUAUGUAUAAUGACCACUCUUUUUUAGGGUGGGGGGGGGAAAUUAAUUUUUUUUUAUUGCUUCAGAUCAUAUGUGUGUUAGUAUAUUAAUAAGACCUUUUACUGAACACUAUGUUAUAGUUUAUUUUUAUCAUUCACUUAUUUAAUACAUGUUUUAAUAUAAUGACAUAGGUUUAACUUCAAACGUAAUGAAGAUUAACUAAUGUUACAUCAGUGUAAUCUAAAAGGAGUUAUUACAUUAUCUAUUCUAUUAAUCCCCCCAAAAUAUCACACACAUACAAACAACCACAUAUACCAAUACGCACAAAUAUAUAACACGCACGCGAAUGAAAGUACACAUAUUACAAGUGGGCCUUUAUCAAUCAUAAACUGUAAUUCAUAUUGUGUUGAACUGUCUCUUAUGGUUUAUAAAUCCAUGGUGUGUUACAAUUUUAUUUAUUUUCAUGUUUAUUUUUUUUCCUACAGAACUGAAUCCUUUUUUUAAGUUAUGGAAAAAAACAUUGUAAUUAUUAUUUAUAAGUAUGAGGAAACUAACGUGUGAAUUCGUUAAUGUUUAAUAAGAUAUCGUCUGGCAUGAAAGUCAUAUUGUAUUCAGUCUAAUAAAGGAAAGUGGUCACUGAAAGUGAUUCAGAAUAAAAUGUCAUAAUGCUCACUGUAUUUACAUGUGAUUGUGUGUGUGUUGUGUUGUGUUGUGUUGUGUUGUGUUGUGUUGUGUUGUGUGUUGUGUGAGACAUCCACUUUAUUUUGAAGCUGGCAGUAAGUGUCAGCGGCCAUAUAUUGGUUUUGCCAAAAGGUUUGUAUUGUGAAACGUGAGGACAACACAUAGUUGUAAUAGGGUAAACACAACAAAAACUCGAGAGGCCACCAGCAAGAUGUGUUUUAUUUGAAAUAUGAUUUUUGUAGCAGCUGUCUAAUGUUAAUAUGAGUUUAUAUGGUUUGCAAUUUAUUUUGCUUGGCAAUAAUGAUUUAUGAGUGACACAGAUAUCAAAAUUAUGACUGGGUGAUAAAACGGGUAUCAUAUAUUAUUGUCUCAUGAAAUUUUGAACAAAUAUUGAUAUGAAAAUUUUGUGCUUUGUGGUAUCUUGCAUGUUCCCACAAAAGGAAUAUUUAUUCGGUGAUUGUUUCUGAGUGAUUGUAAGGUUAACACUUAUUCCUAUAUAUAAUGUUGCAUUUUUUGCCCAAUAAUUAUUUUGUAUACUUAUGAGUUAACUCGGCUGAUUUUGUACCAAUAUUUGUUACCUUCCUGUUUAAUAUAGAAAAGAAAAAGGA